AUGGCUCCAGGUGACCAAGCUUGGGUUGGGCGAGCAUUAUUCAUCGCUAAACACAAGCUCCAGACAACUCUUCUCAAUUUGUGGUAUUCACAACAAGUCAAGCAUGAAACAAAGGUAGCAUCUUCGAAUCAGUACUUCCUGCGUCGCCUGUUUCUGUGGAUGCCACGAAAGAUAAGGGGUGUCGAUUUUAUUUGCCCGAACUGCAAGGAAAAGUGUUCAUUGAGGUCUAAAGGCCUUUACAAUCGUGUGCGACUGGUACUUGACACACAAGAGUACUACUACCUUGCUACGGAGUACAUGGAUUGCAAUGCAUGUAAAGGCACCUUCAUUGCAUGGGACAGCAGAAUGUUAAACCAACUAUCAGAUGGCGUUCGUGCCCGUUUCCCACUGAUCCUGACAAGAAAAUACGCAAGUGACAAAAGUAUCGUGACACUCCUCCGAACACGUACGUUUGGGAACAGCCCCUCUGCUCUACAGAGUAACGUCCAAGAACUUCAAACCUUCGACUUUUGGCUAGUAUUCUUCGUUUUGAGUUCGAUCGCUUUCUCCKGUAAACCAGCUUCAUCACCAUCAUUAAGCAGGCUUGUAGAAGCAAUUUGUAUCCAUCUGUGUGGAAAACACACAGCUCCACGCAAUAACUGGAAAGAGGAACAUGAAGUCAUGUACUCUCUGACAGCAAAACAGCUGGAGAUCUACGUCAAGCAGUAUAAUUUACAAGUCAGUGGAAAUAAAGCAGAACUGGCAUUGGUUAUCUCGUCUCCUGAACCUGCGUUACUCUUGGUCAGCACCGAGACAGAAACAGGUGGCUAUGGGCUAGUAUAUUCGCACAGGGACUUGGAGACGUCCCCAAUAACUGGGGUUGCAUGA